CUGUUAAAAAGUUGGAUUCUCUUGGUAAACAUGGCUAAAGUUUAAAAAAAAUUAGUUGAACGUAUAACAGAGUAUUUCUGUGCCAAAUACACUCCAUCAGGGUUCGUAUAAGUUUCAGGAAGUUUUUUUUGGAGUAUGGCCCUGUACAAUUCCUUGUACGGGCACUUCUCCCGGAACAGCGCACGCGCACACAUCAACCAGAGCGAGAGAGCAAGAGCUGCCCAUCAACGUGCUUCGUUUCUUUUAACGGAAGUCAUCGGCAGCACUGCACAGGACUUGCUCGAGAAAGAAUUUAUCACUUUGUUUUUAGACCACGAAAUCAACAAUGUCACCUAAGAAGUGUGUUUUUAGUUGUAAGGGAAAGAUAACCUUGCUUCCCAAAGAACCCAGCGUUAAGUUGAGCUGAGAGAUUUGUGCUCACGCAUUACAUUGAUGCACUCUCGAUAUUUGUCAUUAAAAUAACCAUAGAAACCGCCUUAAAUUAAAUAUCAAAAUGAGGAUAAAGUCAUCUCUGAAAGUUGCAAUCACUUUUUUAUUGGUUAAAAUGAAUGGAGAAUAUCUCGUAUUUUUCCAUGGCUGCUCGAGCCCUCAGGAUCGGCGCUUAUGGUUUUAAAAAAACAAGGCCCAGAUCUACGCUGGAUUUACAGAUCGUUUGAAACUGAAAGAUGGAGCGGUCACAGCGAUAAUGAUCCCAGUCAUGAGUCGGAACUGCAGGUGGUGAGUAAAACUGCUUCAAAUGUCUGUUUUGUUGGCAAUAGGCGCAUAUAAUGUAAACAACACGAACGUAUAAUGAAUCAAAAGUUAUCCAUGGAUAAUGCGUUGGUGUAUUGUGUGUGUUUAAAUACAGUUGUUUUGCUGACCAUUGAUAGCUUGCAGACGAUCGUUACACAAAAGCUGCGCGUGUUCGUCAGUCUUUAGCUCCGCUCACACGGCACGCCUCCGGGAGCUCGGCUGUUUUCGGAAAGACUCGGUACAGCAUAUCUGUCUUUUAUAAAUCUGAUAAAACUAAAGACUCUUCGGAGAUAGGAAGGAUGCACUACUACUCUAUAGGUACUCAAGAUUAACAUGAGAAACUGUGUGUGUUAUGUACCCUUUAAUCUCUACUGUGGCAAAUAACAGUCUAGAGGUGUUUCCUGAAGGUUUUGGAGGCUGGCUGUUUGACACUGACAGAAGAUUUACACAUGAACUGACAAGCUGACAUCACAUUGAUCUUCAGCUCUCUUGGCACCUACAGUGAAUGGAUGAACUGUUUCUCUUAGAUCAAACUGUCUGUCUGCUGUUGCUGAAGGAAUAUUGAUAUUCAUACGAUUGAUACUAGGGUAAAUGGUUUUAGAAGCAUUACAAGGAAAGUGUUUGAAACUUCUACUGCUAACAUUACCUUGUGUGAAAGAAGUGUCAAGUUCAGCACAUUUAAAACACCCUAGAAGAUCUUCAAGUCCUCUUACUUUGACAGGGCAAAAACAUUUUACCAGGAAAAAAGUUGAAAACACAGUGUCAGGCAUGAUAAUAACUAACACCACAAACACUGGCCUUCCGGAGAACUUCAAAAUUUCUCUUUGCAUCUUACACACAUUCAUCUUUCUUUCUGGGACUCAUAAUGUUUUACUAAUGUCCUCUAUGUUAAAGUCCAAAAGACGUCUCUCUUUCACCAAAGUAUCUGUAAUAAACCUAAUAGCAGUGCACUCCAUUUUCCUGCUCACGGUGCCCUUUCGCAUUUACUAUUAUGUUUUUGAAACCUGGAAUCUGGGCAUGUAUUUCUGCAAAAUUGUCAGUAUUAUGAUCCAUGCCCACAUGUAUCUUGCAUUCAUCUUUUAUGUAUUUCUUCUUAUCCUGCGUAAUGUGGAUCACUGUGAUCAGCAGCACAGGCUAGAGUUUCAUCGCAUCCUUCACGCCACGAUUGCAAGUGCAGCCAUCUGGUUGGUCAUAUUGGGAGCUUUGUUCCCAACUAUGGCUAACUACGGAAUCGCGCAGAAUGAUUCUACGCAGUGCUUUCAUUUCGGUCAGGCUCUCCAGAACCCUGCUGUUAAGACGUUAAACUAUGUUAUUUGCAUACUAGUGAUUCUGAUUUGGAGUGUUCUGGCAUUUUUCCCACUUUUUUUUCUGCUAUUUAUUAAGCAAUUUGAGGCCACACAUCAAUGUCUAGAGUUACAGGCACAAUUGAAAAAUGCUGUUUUCCUGUCCUUUAUCUUUUUUUGUUUUGUGCCCUAUCAAGGAUUCAGAGUGUAUUAUGUGAGUGAAUAUGGUAAUACUCAAGUAAUGGAUCAUAUAAAUGAAGUAUUUCUUGCGGUCACUGCUUUCAGCUGCUUUGAUAUGAUUGUUUUUGAAUAUGCAGAAUUAUAAAUUCAAGGGGAUGGUUUUGCUAUUUAUAACAACUAUGUUGACUUUGUUUGGUUUCUACAUUGUUAUUAAUAUAGUGAAUUGAUUUCCAUUUUUCUUUUGUUUGUUUUUUAUGCUUUUGUGCCUUAUAAGCUUAAAACAAUUGUCUUGCAUGACAAUGUUUGGAAAAUAAAACACAGACACACACA